AUGCCUGCCUCAAUCCUCCUCCAGCAAGGGACCGUGUUGACACACGACGACGAUGACCAUGUUAUCCCUUUGUAUGAGACCGACGUUCUCAUCCGCGGUGACAUCAUUGCUGCGGUUGGCAAAGACCUCGAAUCAACUCUGGAUGGCGAUGUCAACGUUGUCGAUUGCCGGGGAAAGAUUAUUUCCCCAGGCUACGUUGACACUCAUCACCAUGUUUGGCAGACACAGUUGAAAGGACGGCACGCCGAGGAAGGACUGAUCGCAUACAUGGUCACGGGCAACAUGAUGUCGUAUGCAUAUACACCUCAAGACAUGUAUUGGGGCCAGCUCUCCGGCUGCCUUGAGGCCAUGAAUGCCGGCACCACAACGGUUCUGGAUCAUUCUCAUGCUGGCUAUUCAGCCGAACACGUAUCUUCUGCCGUGGAUGCAACGACAGACUCUGGUAUCCGCUCCAUCUUCGCAUAUGCCAUUCCAGUCCGCAUUGCGAAGUGGGAUCAGUCGUCUUGCGUGAUCAAUGAGGAUCUCAUGGCCGAAUGGGCGUUUUCUCAAAUCGAACAACUGGCCAGCAAAUACAACAACUCGGAAUCCACUGAUCGUAUUGAGAUAGGCUACGGCUUCGAUUGGUGGUUUUUGCCCAAGGAGGUGUGUGGCACCAUUUUCAGGAGACUGAGAAAGAGUGGUGUAAGACUUGUGACGAGCCACGUGGGCAAGAGUGGUUUCCAAGGCAUGCAAAUUGAUGUGUCUAAGCUCGAUGCUUAUGGCGUGCUUGGAGCUCCAUAUCCACCCACAGAGAAGACACCCGAAUUGCCAUUCUUUGUCUUGAGUCAUUGCAACGGCUAUUCAAGCGACGAACUAUCCGUGUUGGCAAGAACUGGCACUUCCAUAUCGAGCACACCGGACACUGAGGCACAAAUGGGCAUAGGAUAUCCAGUCGCAUUGCAUCCUUCACUGAACACGAGUGAGAGGACAGCAAAUGUCGGUCUGGGCAUAGAUUGUCAUUCAAUCGUUCCAAGCAGCAUCAUCCUCCAGGCUCGUGCUCUUUUACACCUGACACGAGUCGAGCACAACUCCCACAUUACGGCGGCGGGUAAAUUUCCCACAUGGAAUGUCAGGAAUACCUCCGAAGACGCCUUCAACAUCGCCACUAUCAGAGGUGCCAGGAGCCUCGGUUUGGAUGGAGAGAUCGGGAGCAUCAAGGUCGGGAAGAAAGCUGAUAUAGUUAUAUUCGAUGCCUCCAACAGUGUGGGCAUGUUGUCCGCCGCAGACUACGACCCGGUCGUUGCGAUAGUGCGAUUCAGCGAAGCGGCCGAUAUCGAUACUGUUAUUGUGGACGGCAUUGUACGAAAGCGUGGUGGAAGGCUGGUUGAUGUGAAGACCAGUGCUACGAAAGGAUCGGUCAUGUCGUGGCAAGAGGUAGCCCAGCAUGUUAGACGCAGUCAAGGAGAGAUACAGGCAAGGAUAGGCGACCUGAGCAUUGAGAAGGGAAAGGAAACGCUGUUCAACACUUUCCGUACGGAUCCGUCAACACUAGCUGACGCAACGGUAUGA